CAUCAAAGUCCUGUGUCAUGUCCUGUGUGUGGUCCUGUGUGAGUCGGCAGUUCGCGGAAAAGUACUUUAUUUAUUUAGUUCGAAUUCGGUUUUUUUAUGUACCGAUUAGUUUAUGUGAACUAAAUAAUAUCCACCCCCAUGGUUUAUGGAGGCUCAAUAUAUUAUGAUUUUUAUUUCAGUGUUUUUAACGGUCAGAUAUAUUGAUUAGGUGGCGCGUAAUUUGAAAAUACUCUACUAAAAUGUCUAGUCUCGACAUGUUGGAAGAUGAUAAAGACGAAGACUUGGAAGACGGUGAAAUUCUUUCAGACUCCCAGUUAGAAAACCUGAUAGAGCACACGAAUAAUCAUAGUAUAUACCGCAACUUGUCUAAGGACUUUCAGGACAUGAUGAACGAUAAGCAAACAUUAAGAUCAUGCAUAGAUAGUUUUUUAAAUCAUAGAAUGGACGAACUGACUCUGGGCGUUAUAUUUGAUAUGCACCGAAAAUACAAGACGAAUGUGUUUUAUCUAGAAAUCGAUAGCAGCGACGAAAAAAACAAAGAUGAUUAUAAUAAUCAGCUUGAUACUUUGGACUGUAUUUGCCCUACGUGCCAGAAGCCCAUAUCUAGUAUAGGCUACUCUAUAUAUACAUUCACUACACAUUUAGACAAAUGCAUGGGUUUUAAUUCAAAAGCAGCUCGAAGAUCAAGAUCUCUAAGAAGUUCUUUAAGAGUUACAAACGAUAAGGAGAAAAACCAUAACUCUUUGUAUAGUGAAAUUACAACUAGUGAUAAUGAAGAUGAUGCUCACUCCAGUACAGGCAACAAGAAAAAGAGAUAUAGGAAAAAGAAAGAAGUUAAGAAGAAAGGAAAGGAAGAAGGGAAAUCAGAAAAAAAUAAAGUUGAAGUUGUAGUUGAAGAUGAAGACGAAUAUAUGAAACUCCAACACUUGCUUGAGUUUCCAGAUAAAUGCUUAGAAAAUACAUCAUCAUCAUCCAAAGGAGUUUCAGCAUCUAAAACGCCAAAAAAACGAGAUAAGUCUAAGAAAAAGAGCAGGGGUAAGGAUUCCCCUAGUAUGGUGCUUGAUUAAGAACAUACGAGAUAGUAAAAUAAAACACUAAUGUACCACAAUACACCAAAACACUUUACUUUUGCACUGGACGCGCGUUUCGCUAACCAUGUUAGCAUCAUCAGCAGAUGAUUAAAACUAAACUAAUAUCUACAAAUUAAGCGUUUUUAUGGGCGUUCGCAGUUGUUUGAUUGUAUGGUACAGAAAGACCUUUGAAAUAGUUAAUUCGAAAAUUUCGGCUUAUAAAAAAACGAAAUUUUUAUUAGUAGUGAUUUUAUUGGAAUAUUAAAUACCUUGCUAUGAUGAAGUGAAACUGAAUAUUAAAUGUCUAAUAUCUGUAAUUUUUAAUUUAAUGUUUCUAUUAUACUUUUUCAUGGAAUAUAUUAUAGGUACAUGUUAUGGGUGCUUAAUGUAUAUCUCAUUUUUUUUUAUCAAAUUUUAAUUAAUUUUAGAAUCAAUUAUAGAAGUAAUCAAUUUAUUUUAGAAUUUUAUAUACUUAGUUGGAUACUUUUUAUUUGUAGUUGUUUUAGUAAGAUAAUAAACUGACUGUCUAUUACUAUAAUAGGGGUUUCAUUGUUUUUAAUAAAAAAUAGAAGAAUAAAUUAAAUAGAUUUUGUCUAAAACAUUAACAAUAACAAUAUCAAAAAAUUAUAAAAAUGUGGCACAGUAUACUUUAGCCUUAAGAUGCAACAGGAAGCGUCGGCCAUACAUACCAAAAUAAGCAACGUGUUUUGUCAAUACGUCUUUUUUAUUUAUCGUUACACUUAUUUUACGGCCCCACGUUGGGCAUCAAAAAUAACGUUGUUGCUCACUUACACUGAAAUAAAGUGUCUGCGAUACUUCUGUAUUAUUGUAUACCAAGUAGUUGUUUUCUCUUUUUGUUAUCUACCACUGGCAACAGUCUUCGAGCUGUAGCGCAAUCUUCACGGUGUUGCUACGUCUCUUGCAGCUUGGCCUUGAUGGUAGUUCCUAUAGCUUCCUUCAGCGUGUUCAUCGUCAAAUGUGGUGGAUCAUCUGUCGCUGCCUCUCCCCUAGUCCAGCCUGGGAUCCAGUACAGAGUGGCCGUGCCUUGGCGCAGCCGGGACGGUGCUUCUUAAUAGUCACAGUUUUCGCCGUAAAGCGCCGAAGCUGUCAGAGUAUAUCACGAUAUCUCCUACCGGUCUAUCAGCGAUUUUUCCUUGUAUACAACUGGUCUCUUCCUUUAUAACGUAAACCUCUGCUUGUAGAACAUUACAGCCAUCCGAUAGCCUUAGAUAUUGUCGGAUGUCUAGUUCCUCUAAGAAGGUGCCUGCCUAUACCUGCGUCUCCUGAAGUCACGGAAGCAUCUGUGUAGAUUGAUAUCUCUUGAGUAUUCAUUACUAAGUGGCUUUCCCAUUCUUCUCUUGUUGGGAUGCGAAUCCUUAUCUUUUCUCCAAAAUCAUGUUUGGUGUGGAUAUAGUCCGUUUUCUGGUCUAGCAGAUGUUCCCCAUGAUUUUCCUUAUCAUUGACAAUAUCCUCGAGUGACCGUUGUUUACCUUAACGUUGACACCCUUAUCGAAAAUUGCUUCUAGUGCAGCUUGCGAUGUUACGUUAACUAAACUAAAUAAAAAUGUUUUAACAGGAAAAUUGGAAAUAGGAAGUUCUAGGUCUAUAUCAUCACUCACAAGUUGCACGAAGGGGAAUAAAAAAAAACCUAGGCGAAUAAUAAUAUCUUUAUUUACUUUUUGCUUGAUUUAUUUUAUUAUAUCUCCCUAUUUUUAUUAAAAUUAAUGAUUGUAUGGUUUUUAGUAUAUAGUUUUUAACAUUGUUUUAAAUUUUAGGCAUAUAUUCCUUUAAAAAUGUAAUUGACUUAACAUUAUAACUAUAUUCUAAUUGAUAUCAUCAACAAUAAUAAAAAAAUCACUCGUAAUAGCUGUAAUAACACUAUACAAAUCUUCAUUACUCUCUAUAUAUACAGAUAAAUUAUAAUA